AUGUCAGCACCCACGUAUGAUUCUCUAAACUUGCCAUCGUUCGUUGAAACGGUUCUUGUCACAGGGGCAGGAGGUUUCAUUGGGCAAAAACUUGUUUUACUGUUAUUAAAACUUUAUCCCAAUCUCAGGAUUAUCGCUACGGAUAUCAUCGAACCCCCCAAUCAUGGAAACACUGAUUCAAAGAAAUUGAGAAACGUUAAAGCUGAUUUGGGUAAACCUGAUCAACUGGCUGGUAUUUUUGAGAAUGAGAAAGUGGGUGGAGUCUUUGCGUUACAUGGUAUAAUGUCAGGAGGAUCCGAAGCGAAUUUCCCCCUUGGAUAUUCGGUCAACGUUGAUUCUCAUCGAGCUCUAUUGGAAGCGACACAUAAACAUGCUGAAAAGCAUUUCGCAACUGGACCCAAACCAAUAUACGUUUUCGCUUCUUCUUUAGCUGUUUACGGGAGUGUGACACCUCAAUCUGUUGUGGACCCAAAGACUAAGCCUGUCAUUCCAGAAUCGAGUUAUGGUGUUCAGAAACAUUGUAUUGAGAUGAUCGUUUAUGAUUAUGGUAGAAAAGGUUACCUCGAUACAAGAACAGUACGAUUGGUCACAGUGACAGUUCGACCUGGUGCACCUUCAAGUGCAGCAUCAUCUUACGUAUCGGGAUUGAUCAGAGAACCAUUACAAGGUCAAGAAUCGAUUUGUCCAAUCGCAGAUUCAUACGAUGAUCCAGCUUUAGAUUACUAUUUGACUUGGGUGGGAAGAACCAAGACUGUCAUCAGGAAUAUACUUUACGCAGCUGUCGUUGAUCAAAGUGAAUUAAAACAAGUCGCUCCUGAAAGAAUCGUCAAUUUACCUGGAAUCCAAAUCACUCCAAGACAAAUUAUACAAGCUUUAGCUAAAUUCGGCGGUGAGGAUAAAUUGAAAUUGAUCAAAUACAAGAAAGAUCCAGCUGUAACCAGAAUCUGCGAUACUUGGGCUGGAGCAUUCGAUAAUACCGAUGCUAUCAAACUAGGGUUCGAAGUCGACGAUUCAAAAACAGGAUACGAAGGUGCCGUACAAGAUUUUAUCGAAGAGGAAUUAGGUGGGAAAGUAGCUCCAGCAGCGUAG